GAGCUGAAGCGGAUGUCGGUCAGCAAGGAUCACCGUGGCCGUGGCGUCUCCAAGGCGCUGUGCGGGGAGGUGCUGCGCUUCGCCCGGGCGCAGGGAUACAAAGCUGUCGUGCUGUACACCUCCACGGUGCAGCUGGUGGCCCAGCGGCUGUAUGAGAAGCAGGGCUUCAGGAAGGUGGCCGAAACCAGCCCGUCUCUGUUCUCCAGCCUCAUCUGCUUCUAUCUCAUCCAUUACCGCCUCGAGCUGCCUGGCUGCCACUAGGGCCUCCCCUGUUCCUGUAGCACCGAGUAAUAAACAGAGACUGUGGGAA